GCUUCUGCCCCUAACAAAGAUGGCUGCCCCCAGGCCCACUCCGCCCCUCCGCGAGUAUCAAAAACGAGACUAUCUUUCGGUUUCGGGUCACUGUUGACGGGAGAUGGCGCCGAUUCCGAGGGCUGUGGGGCGGAUCAAGCUAGACUGCCCGCUGCGGCCCGGCUGCCCGCUAGGGGUCGCUGAUGUCCCCAGACUCUGCAAGGAGUUCGGUCCAGAGGACUACGGCGAGGAGGACAUAGUGGAUUUUCUUCAUCGGCUUGUGGAGAGUGAUCCCCAGGGCCUGCACCGGAUCCAAGUGGAUGGGAGCAGCGGGCGGCUGCAGCUGUGGCACCAUGAUUAUCUCCUGGGCCAUUUCUGUGAUGAGGGGAAAAGGAGUGAACAGAGUGACAGGGGCAAGGGGACUGAGGGACUGGGCACCUAUUGUGGUCUCCGAAAGUCCUUCCUAUGCCCACCCCAGCGGUCUGAGCCCUGCCCUCAAAGCCCCUCUGCCUCUAAAUCCUUCCCCAGUGAUCCAGCCAGCGUGCUUCAGGUGACCAUGCCCCAGAAGCUCCUGCUGACUGAAGAGGAAGCCAACCACCUGGCUGAGGAGCUGGUGGCUGAGGAAGAACGUAUAAAACAGAAAGCUGAGAAGAAAAGGCUCAAGAAGAAGCGUCAAAAGGAUCGAAAGCGACAAGAGCGCUUGGAGCAGAGUGGUGGGGAGCCUAAGGCCAAGGCCAACCCAGAUGGGGAUGGGAGUCCCCCGCCAAGCCCUGGGAACCCAGCCCAGGGACAGAGUGGUGAGGAAGAGGACUUACUGGAUCUGUCUAGCACCUUUGUGUCUCUGGCUUUGCGCAAAGUUGGGGAUUGGCCCCCUAGUACCCACCGAGAAAAAGGAUUGAGCCAGGAGCCCCAAGACAGGAACCCAGGUCCCCCAGAGAAGAUAAGCCAGGAAAAAAGAAGCUCUGCAAGGAAAGAAAACCCCAAGCAGAGUCCUAAGAAAGAGGCACCCCCAGGACUGCUGGCAGUUGCCUUACAGCAGAGCCAGGAGCUGGCAAAGUUAGGUACCAGCUUUGCCCAAAAUGGUUUCUACCAUAAAGCUGUGGUCCUCUUCACCCAGGCCUUGAAGCUUAAUCCCCGGGACCACCGGUUAUUUGGAAAUCGUUCUUUCUGCCAUGAGCGGCUAGGUCAACCAGUGUGGGCCCUGGCUGAUGCCCAGGUGGCCCUUACCCUGCGGCCUGGCUGGCCCAGGGGCCUCUUCCGUCUAGGCAAAGCCUUGAUGGGACUGCAGCGUUUUGAGGAGGCAGCUGCUGUGUUCCAGGAGACUCUGAAAAGUGGGUCCCAGCCUGAUGCAGCGCGGGAGCUCCACUCUUGCCUUCUGCACCUUGCUCUGCAGGCUCAGCAAGGAGGAAUUCGCGUGCCACCUCUGUCGACUGGGCUUCUCCAGCCAUUUCCACAUGCUGAGCCCAGGGCCCCAGGCCUCUUCUCCCUCAGUCACCCUCAAAGCACUGCUCCAAGGGCCCCUGGCCUUUUGUCUCCACCCCUGCAUUAUCCCCCACGUUCCCUGAGCCACUACAACUCGCCCCUCCCUCAGACUCAGAGUAGAAGACCCCAUUCUUUCCAACUCCAGGACUCCUCAAAGGGCUGGGGCACCCUGGGUCUUCGGCCCCAGCAUCUACCUCAGGCCAGAUGAGGGAGGACCUGUCCCUCAUAGGGCAAGGCCAUGUGCGCAUCUCACAGGGAUAGGGGCACUGAGUAAUGGCAGUUUACUGCGUAUUUUGAGCCCUUGGACUCAAACCACAGUCAUUUCUCUCACCAUGGAGACCUUGGGAUUGGGUCCACUGAAACAGCCUUUCUUUGAUUCUCAAGCAGAUAGGCCUCUUCUGGGAGCAGUAAGGGAAAAUGAGAUCCACCAACACUCAAGAAGAGAACUACACAAAAGUUCAGGUUUUCAGACUAUGACAGACCCAGCAGGGAAGAUUUGGGGUUUGCUCUACCUCUUGAUCCUUGGGGAAACUCAUUCACCAUCCAGAAUUCUGGGCCCAAGAAUGGGGUCACAGUGAUGAAUAAGGUGUGAGUCCUUUUCUUUACCUUGAUGAAGGCUCACCUCUUCUUAACUCUAGUUCUUGCCCUAUUUUCUCAGCUCUAGCCCCUCAUGCCAUUUCCUGCCCACAUCUCUAUGCAAUAUGCUGACCUCUCCUAUUCCCAGUGGGCUGGUGUUCACCUCCUCCCAUUGCUAGAAGAUUAACCAAGGGUUUGCAUUUAGGAAGUGCCUUGCCAGCUGCUGCAUGAAGUUAGCAGAACCCAUGCCUAUCCAGGCUCCCCCACUGCUGGCUCACCUGGUGAUGGGGUUCCACAGGUGCCCAGGCUGCUGUCCCUGUGACUGCGCUCCUCCACUCGGACACUGCAUGUUGUAAUUUGCCUCUCCCCAUGAAUUUACUCAGUUUUUCCACCCACAAUCCCUGCUUCACUGCUCCCAGAAAAGGCUACAAUUCUCUACUUCCUGUGUGAAGAUCAUGAUCUCCUUUUGACUUUUCCUGUAAGACCCUACCUAGCAGCUUCCCCUGGCUGAUCCUUCCCUAUCCCUGUGUGGGACUCUCAGCUCAGUUAAAAGUGAAUCUUCAGGGAACUUUUGGGCCUCCUGGAAUGUCUUUCCCAGAGGAACCAUUCAUCAGGACAAAGGAUUCUUGCUGCCCUAUGGGUCUUGCUCAACACCACUCACACCUGGAUAUAGGAGGGGUUGAAGUACCUCCUUUGUGUAGGGGUUCCCUAAAUUCUUCUCAUUGUUCAUAGUGAAAGCCCUUAGAUACUAUAUGGCAUAUAAAGUCUGCCAGUACUAGUUGGGUCAUCUUGGGCAGGUCCUUCAACAUCUGUGCCUCAGUCCUCUCCUCUGUAAAAUGGGGGCUGUAGUGAAGACUGAAAGAGUGUAAGAAAAUCCCUACCAAGUGUCUGGCAUAUAGUGUGUGUUAAAUAAAUUGAUUUUCG